CAACACUAAACCAAAUAAUCAUACAUUUUUGCUUAGAAAACAGCAACUGUUUGUAAAACAGCAUAAUUUAUUUAUUAAAUAUAUUGAAAACUAUUAUAAAAUGGCAGCAAAAGUAGCGAGCGGUACGAACAAGGUGUUCCAGAAUCACGAUGAUGUGCACAUCUCCUUCGAGGACCAGCAGCGCAUCAACCGCUUUGCCAAGCACAAUGCUCGCAUGGAUGAAUUCAAGGCCGAGCUGGAAACGAAACGCAACGAGCUGAAAUGCGUGGAGGAGGCGCUAGAGGAGAUCGAGUUGUUUGACGAGGACGAAGACAUACCGUUCAUGGUGGGCGAGGUCUUCCUCUCGCACAAGCUGGAAAAAACCCAGGACCUGCUGAAGGAAACCAAGGAUCAGGUGCUCAAGGAGAUCGCGAGCGUUGAGGCCAAAGCCAAGGUUAUUAAGGCCGAAAUGGAUGAGCUGAAGGCCCAUUUGUACCAGCGUUUCGGUAGCAAUAUCUCCCUGGAGAGCGAUGAUUAAUCAAAACACCCUCAUAAUUGUGCAUUUAACUUUUAACAGAAUAGAGUACACUUAAUUUAAACUCGCCUAAA